UGCUGCUUACUUAACCUCAUCUCCUCCCACUCACUCUCCAGCCAUCACUGUGGCAGUGCGCAGCGGGUUGCCUCCAAAUCCGACCAGCGCCGCCUUCGCCGAAGCACGCCUCCCCGAGCUCGUCCGUUCUUUGCAGGCUCUCCACCGUCUUCCGCGCCGGCUCGAUCCUUCAGAUCCAGCUCAUGGAUGCCAAGAUCUAUGCCUAGAUGCACUUGGCAGAAAGAGGCUCAGCCAUGAGAGUGCGCCUCUAGAAUGAUGUCGGUGCUUACCUGUGUGUUUGAAAGCAUGGGCUCAUCCUGUAGCAGACCUCAUUCUUUAAACGAGGCCGAAGCAGCUGAAAAUGCAAAGUCUGCAGACAUUGACCGGCGGAUUUUGCAAGAGACAAAGGCAGAGCAACACAUCCACAAGCUCUUACUUCUCGGUGCUGGAGAAUCAGGAAAGUCUACAAUAUUUAAACAGAUAAAGCUCCUUUUUCAAACUGGCUUUGAUGAGGCAGAACUUAGGAGCUAUACGUCAGUCAUCCAUGCGAAUGUGUAUCAGACAAUUAAAAUACUAUAUGAGGGAGCUAAAGAGCUAGCCCAAGUGGAAUCAGAUUCCUCAAAAUAUAUCCUAUCCCCAGAUAACCAGGAGAUUGGAGAAAAACUAUCAGAAAUUGGUGCCAGGUUGGAUUACCCAUUGCUGAACAAAGAACUUGUACAAGAUGUUAGAAAACUAUGGCAAGAUCCAGCCAUUCAGGAAACUUACUCACGUGGAAGUAUUCUACAAGUCCCUGAUUGUGCACAGUACUUCAUGGAAAAUUUGGAUCGAUUAGCGGAAUUAGAUUAUGUACCGAUAAAGGAGGAUGUGCUUCAUGCAAGAGUACGGACAAAUGGUGUGGUAGAAAUUCAGUUCAGCCCUCUAGGAGAGAGCAAAAGAGGUGGAGAGGUAUAUAGGUUAUAUGAUGUAGGAGGCCAGAGAAAUGAGAGAAGGAAGUGGAUUCAUCUUUUUGAAGGUGUUAAUGCUGUAAUCUUUUGUGCUGCCAUUAGCGAGUAUGAUCAGAUGUUAUUUGAGGAUGAGACAAAGAACAGAAUGAUGGAGACCAAGGAACUCUUUGACUGGGUGUUAAAGCAAAGAUGUUUUGAGAAAACAUCGUUCAUGCUUUUUCUCAACAAAUUUGAUAUAUUUGAGAGGAAAAUACAAAAGGUUCCUUUAAAUGUGUGUGAGUGGUUUAAAGACUACCAACCUACUGCACCUGGCAAACAUGAGGUUGAACAUGCCUACGAGUUCGUCAAAAAGAAGUUUGAGGAGCUCUACUUCCAGAGCAGCAAGCCUGACCGUGUAGACCGAGUGUUCAAGAUCUACAGAACAACAGCCCUCGAUCAGAAACUUGUAAAGAAGACAUUCAAGUUGAUCGAUGAGAGCAUGAGGCGCUCCAGAAGGAACUUGAUUGAGGCUGGGUUGUGUGACAGAGGGGAGUAAUUAGGGUGGUGAGAGGAACAGAAAGUUUACAGUGCAGCUUCUGUAUUCUUUUACACGAGGAACAUUGAUUGACCUUUUUGCGCUUCCACAAGCAAGUAAAGAUAUCUGUUACGAACUAUGGAAAGCUCUGCAGACCUUUGAGUCGUUUGAUUGUCACCUACGUUCAUUUGUUGUUUCUACGC